UUUUAACAUAUAAGUCACAGCUUAAGAUAGAUCUUUAAUGGAGGAUGGGAGGCGAUGAAGAAGAAGAAGCAAGGGACUGACAGAGUAAGAUAGACGAAUCAGUCAUGGUGGCGAUAUCAUUAUACAGAGGAAACCUUCACAAGGUCCCCGACGUUCCUCGUCGAUGGCUAAUGCCAACCCCUAAAAUCUCUCCCAAAGAUUUCAGAUUACUCCAUCAUCGCCGUAUCAAAUCCCUUAACAGUCACCGAUCCACCGCUGAACUUGCUUCAACCUCUAACCCUAACCCUAACCCAGAUGGCGUUAUACCGAUGGAAGUUGAUAACGGCGGGCGGGGGUUAGAAGAAACGAAGAAGGUGGAAACUAAAUCUAACGGAGGAGGAGGAGAAGAAAAAUUAGGUCAAGACGCUGAAGAGAAACCGGUUUUGAAACUUGUAGAAAAGAUUGGUGUAGAUGAAGCAGAUAUCGCCAAUCCUUUGGUUGUUCAUGGAAAGCUGAAAGAGGUGAAGCUUGAACCUGUAAAAAUCCCUAAUCUUGAAUCCAAGACAAGCAAGAACAAGGAUGAUGAGCCAAGUGAAAAGGAGAAACGAAAUAAGGAAGUUGAGGAGAAAUUAAUUGUUCUAAAUGAGAAAAAACACAAAUUGGUGCAGGUUUUGAAACAGAUUAUACAAGCAGAGGAAGAAUUGAAGAGACGAAAUAAUACCCAAGUAAUAACUAAUCGCCCACCUGUUCCUCCUUCCCUUCAAGUGGAUACUACGAAUGUAGGAAGUCCUGUAGGAAACGCAGAAAGGGCAGAAACUGAUGAUGCUUCAAAUCAUAAUCUGAACUCGCGCCUUUUGCUUCGAACAAGCAGUGCUUCACCAACUUCUGAAUCUCUUCAACGCAGACCACCCUUUAGUGCGGUUCCACAUCCAUCUAGAACGAGUCUGGCUGGUAUGGGUAGUCCAAUGAGAUUCACUCCGGCAGGGCAUCUUCCACCUGUUGUGUCGGUUUCGGGAACAAGUUACACUACAUCUUCACCAUCUCCUGCAGCAUCAGGUGGAACUUCAGUGUUGAGAGAUAGAAGUCCAUGGAAUUAGUAUGUAAGUAAGUAAAUGAUGAUGUCUGAAAUUGUUUUAUAGGCCAUGGAAUUAGGAUUUGAGAUGAUGAUGAUGAUGUCUUUUAAGAAUGUUGGUUAGAUUGUCCUGUCAUAUUUUUUCUGCAAAAUUUUCAUUAACAGAAUAAUCAAAUGCUGUAGUUUUGUUAUGUUAUAAGGAUUGAUGAUACUGUUAAAAUGUAUCAAAACUUGUGGAAAAGGAGAAAUGAAAAAUCAAAUCAUUAGAAGAAAAAUGAAUGUUGUAAGGCUGAAAUUAAAUAUUAACUAGUUUAAGGGGAUAUAAAGAUGCAAGGAUAUCAUAUAAGAGGAAUAUUUUAUUCAA